AUGGUGGUCAGCCGUAUCGCCGGAGACUUGCUGCGUUUUGUGUCGCGGUGCAGCGCAUCACGGGAUGGCUCUUUAAGUGACACUCUGUGAUCACGAGGGCUUCUUCUUCACUUCGUCUUCACACAGUAAAGGGGCGCACUGCCUGACCCACGCCUCACUUUUAUGGACUUCAUUCCAACUUUCUGCAUCACCGUUAUUAGCUAUUUUUGAUAUUUUCUACUGCUUGAUUUUUGCUGAAUUUUCAAACUGCCAAAAAUGUCGGAUCCUAAUGUGUACCCAUCCGUAUUUGUGGUGGACGGCAAGGUGAACCCCGUGUCCUUUCCGCCAGAUCGGCGCAGGGCGCAUAAGGUCAACACUCACCUGCUGGUGCUCUACGUGCUGGUCAUCCUUGCUUUCUCCGGACUGGCGAUCGAAGGGUACUAUCUGUUCACCUAUCGGACCAAAGAGGACUCGGACCCUGCAGGCAACAGCGCUCAACAGCAGACUGGAGGUGGGUCACAUCAUAUUUUGUUCCAGUCCUUAGCCUCAUCACUGCACAUAUCUAAAUGUCAGCUUUCCCCUUUCUUUGUGACUAACGGCUCUGUUUUCUUUGCUUUUUUUCUUGGUGAACAAAAAGACGUUGACGGCAAGGGAAAGGCCUCGGCGCACCUCACAGGUUGUAACUGCAGCAGCCCCGGUACCGCUGGCCCACUGAAAUGGGAGUCCAAACUUGGAGAAGCCUUCACCCAUGAAGUCGACUAUACAGAUAAUGGGAGUCUGCUGAUCAAGCACGAGGGGUUCUACUACAUCUACUCCAAAGUCUUUUACGGGGAGAUCGCGUGCAAACAGAAGCCCACGUACUUCAGCCACGCCAUCUAUAAGAAAAUGCCCUCGUAUAAAAAAGAAAUCGAGCUGAUGCUGAUGAAGAAGUUCUACUGCAUCGACUCGUCCGGACAGUGGCUCGCCAACAGCUACCUGGGCGGCGUCUUCCACCUGCAGCCAGACGAGGAGAUCUACGUCAAGGUGGACAACAAGGAGCUGGUCCGCCUGGGGACGGCAGAAAACUUCUUCGGUGUCUUUCAGGUUUAGCGUCCGUCACGAUAAAGAGAACUGAAAGCCGAUGGCCGACAGCACCUGAAUGUUUGGGACUGUGGGGGAAUUCGGCCCUGAUGUGCCCCUUCUAGGGGAAUGAAAGAGACCUCCAGUCACAUAUUUAGCACCUUAUUCUACCGUAAAGAAAAGCGCUAAAGAGUUUAUUUAUUUCAAGUGUCCCCAUUUCCCGUCGUUUUAUAUAUAUAUAUAUAUUUUUUUUCUUUGCUUGUUUCGGUCAGCUCCAUAGAAGAGGAUCGUACUUUAUGUCUUUUCUUGUAUUUUAACACGUAUUUAUUGACUUGGCGCACAGGUUUCUCGUGCAGACCGGACGACUCGACGAGAGAUGAGUCAGCGUGCGUCUGCAAAAAAAAAAAAAAUGGAAAAAAAGUGAAAGUGGAAUCCACACGGAAACAAACAAACGAGGGAGCUCGUCUCGUCUGCCGGGCCGCCUCUCGGGCGUGACAUGGCGGAAACGGCGUUCCUUUUGUGUCUCUCAGCUCGAAAGUCACUUUCAUCUCUUUGUUCCUUUUGGCGUCGGCGCGAAUGAACGGAACUGAAUUAGAGGACGGGUGGCAUGGACUCCGGCGCAGUGUCUGUUAGGGCAGCAUCUUCGAUUCAAAUCCCCGCGGCAUUGGGCGUAAGGCA